AUGUACGUCCUUAAUCAUCCUGAUUCUCCUGGUGGCAAUGACAAUAAAGAAUCAGAAACGGACGAUUCUUUAAGUAGUAGAAUAGAUCUACGGAAUGAAAAUCAAAAUGAAGAGAUAUCGUUUGAAACAAUACAUAAUGUAUUUAAUACAAAUGAAUCAACACGUGCACGUUAUGAUGAAAAUAAAAGUUUAAUAACUAAAUUUCAUGCAAAACCAUUUGAAGAAUUAAAAGUUCUUGUUAAUGAAAAAAAACAGCAAAGCAAUCAACAUAUAGAACAAUUAUUAAAUGUUCGUCAUUUACCAAAAGAUAAAUUACCAUCUAAACUAUUAAAUGGUAAUUCAACCUCAAAUGAAAACUUGAAAUUACAGAUGAAUAAAAUUAAUUAUCCAGAAUUAUUUACUUAUUAA